GAUGCGACCUACACAAAUUCUUAUAUUAGACGAAGAAGAGGAAACUCAAAAUAAUGGAUCAAACGAGUCAAUUCCUAACAGUUAUUUGCGCUCUCAAUCGCCAGGAAUGCUGGGUACUCCAACUUCUGGAUUGAUCAGUGGAAGAGAGCAUCAUGUUAUGCAUAUUCAAAGCGGACAUUCUUCACCUCGACAAAAUGCCUUUAAUUUUGGUUCAACUAAAUGUAUUGCUCAAUCACCAUCGAAUAAUACAGCUUCUCCGUUGCGUCGUAGACAACCUCCACCGCCAUUGCAUUUGUGCAAUUCUGGAGAAAAUAAUAAAGCAAUUCCAGCCCAGUCAAGACAAAGUAUUUGGGUGCCGCGUCAAUUUGCUUUUGCCUGUCCCAAUUCUAUGCCCAUGCAUCGACGACAUUUACAACAAAGACAAAUUUUAUCAAAUGCGAUGAUGCAACAUUCAAAUGACCAAAAAUAUAAUUAUGAACAAAAAUUUCAAUAUCACCACCAUCCAACUUUACCUGUAACUCGUUCAAGUAGUAUAGCAAGAACGGAUGGUAAUAAUCCAAACAACAACAACAGCUUCCCUCAAACAACAUUUAAUAAUUUACUUGACAAUAAUAAUACGGGAAGUCUGCCAAGAUUAAAUAUUUGUAAUAAAAAUAAUUAUGAAGAUGAUGGAAGACAACAACAUAAUUUUCAACAAGGAGGAGGAGUAACUGGAAGUGGUGGUGGUUCUGUUGGAAGGUGGGUGGAAAUUUUUAAAAAUAUUUUUUUGUAUAUUUUUGGGUUUUGAGGGAUUUUUCAAACAUUUUCCCUUAUUUGAAUCU